ACCUGCUUUCCCUUUUGUGCACCGCAAGGAACCUCUGUCCUUCUUGUUAUUUGUUAUACUCCUAGCACCUUCCACUCUUGAGUUUGACACCCACUCAAGAAACACCAACACUCAAUUCAUCAUGUCUCGCAGAGUGAACGCGUCAACCGACGCUGCAAAAGAAGUCACCGCUAGUCCUCCUAUGGACAAGCAGAAGCGCCUGUUGGAGGAGUCUGACCCAGGCCACUUCUCUAUGAUCCGUGCUAUGCACCUUGCCGACCUCAUCACCCUCCUGAAUGGCUUCUGCGGUAUCAACUCGGUCAUGUCCUCUCUCCGCUACUGCAUGGGCAACCCCAACGAUUUCGGUAACCUUUGGGCUGCCCUGGCCUUCAUGCCCUUCGGUCUGUUCUUCGACUUUAUGGAUGGCAAGGUCGCUCGCUGGAGAAAGAAGAGCUCGCUUAUGGGCCAGGAGCUUGAUUCGCUCGCCGACUUGAUCUCCUUCUGUGUCUCCCCCGCUGUCGCAUCAGUCGCAAUCGGCAUGCGCACCCCUCUCGACCACUUCCUCCUCACCUCCUUCGCCCUUUGCGGUCUCCUCCGUCUCGCUCGCUUCAACAUCACCACCGACAGCGUGCCCAAAGAUGCCAACGGCAAAGCAAAGUACUUUGAAGGUCUCCCCACCCCCACCUCCCUAGGCAUUGUCUCCUUGAUCUCCUUCUGGGUCAGCAAGGGCUGGAUCCACGAUCAGCUUCCUUUCGGCGUGUUUGCUGAGGGCUCGAUAUUCGAAUUCCACCCUGCUGCUCUGAUCUUUGUGGCUCAUGGAUGUCUUAUGAUCAGCAAGACUUUCCACGUCCCUAAGCCUUAGUUCUUUUUUUCCUCUGGAUUCGGAAGCACGAAAGAUGGAGACGAAAAAAACACGAGAACGCAGAUACGAUGAUGGCAUCUUUUUGAUCGAGGGGUUGGUCUAUGAUAUGGAACAUGGGAUAUUUGACCUCAACGAUACGAAAAAGAACAAAAAGGAUUG